AUGAAGAUUGAGCAGGCGCUGACUGUAGAGAGGAGGGGAGAAGCAGAUUCACAGAAGUGCGGAGACCGGUGGAGAGGCACGGGUCGUGCAACAGCGGAGGCACACGGGAGAGGCGGAUCAACGGAAAGGCGGGGCCGCAUGGAUCGCGGACCAGCGGAGACGCACAUGAACGUGGUUGCAGACAAGCGGAGAUGCGAAAAAGACUUGCAGAAGCUCCGGGAUGCUAGAAUUCAGCAAGAUAUGCUUGAUCGUGAAGCUUCCAUUUUACGUGCAAAAACUCAAGCAGCUUUGGCAGAGGGAAUCUCAUGGGGUAUGGCAGAGGAUGCAAUAGAAGAGUCUGCAGAGGAUGAUGCAGAUGAAAUUACUUGGCAAACCUACAAAGGUCAGCUUACUGAUAGACAAGAGAAAACUCGUAGCAAGAUAGUAAAACGAAUGGAGAAGAUUGGCAACAUGAAAAAAGAAAUUGAUGCAAUAAGAGUUAAGGACAUUUCUCAAGGUGGGCUAACCCAAGGUCAACAGACACAAAUUGCACGAAAUGAACAACGGAUAUCUCAGAUUAUGGAGGAGCUAGAUAAUCUAGAAGAAACUUUAAAUGACAGUAUACGGGAAAGUAUUGGUGCUUGUUCUGGAAAGGCAAAGCGUGGCAGCCAUAAAGCAAGUCUCGAGGAAGAAGAUGACAUUCUUAGUGACGAUGAUGAAUUUUUUGAUCGAACGAAGAAGAAAUCUAGUCAGAAAUCAAGUGAGCAACAAUCAGUUGAGACUGCUGAUAGCCUUCUUGAGAAAAAAGAUUUCAUCACCAAUGAUAUUGAAAGUAAAACAAAAUUGCUCGAAGAAGAGAAGCAUAAGCUGUCUGAGAGUGAUACUCCAGAUCUCAGGGAUGACCUUGAUGCUUAUAUGAGUGGCUUGUCAUCUCAAUUAGUACAUGAUAAGAUUGCCCGAAUUCAGAAGGAACUCUCUGAUCUUCAGGAUGAGCUGGACAGAGUAGUUUACCUACUGAAAAUAGCUGACCCUAUGGGAGAAGCAGUUUCUAAGAGGGAUCUAAAGCCAAGAGAAGCGAAACCUCCAACAUCUAAUGAUAAUCCAAGACUAGAAUCAAAGAAACAAAAUAAAAUUGGAAAAGCUACAGCUGAGGAGAAACCCAAGGAUUCUUCUAGCGAAGUAGGCACAGAUAAACCUGCUAAAUUACAGGCAGAUGUCUCUAAGAACCAAGAAGAUGGCAGCAGACCUGCAUUUGCCAUGCCAAAACCUCAAUGGCUUGGUGACAGAAGGAUCAUAGAACCUGAAGAAAACUUUAUAAAUAAAGAAAAGUCUGAUGCAGAGGAGCCUGAUAAUUUUGUGGACUACAAAGACCGGAAAACCAUUCUUUCUUCUGGCAGUGGAAAGGAGCUUGAAGAGGCCGCCCCUGGGCUUAUUUUACGAAGAGAAAGUCUGCUGACCAGUCAGUUGCCAGCGAGGCAAAUUCAUCUUCAGUUGAAAGUGAAGCAUCAGUUGCUGAUGCUGUGGCCCUUCUGCUUAAGCAUAAACGUGGUCUACAAACCUUGGAAAGAAAUGGAGAAUGAGAAUGAACCAGAUUCUAGCAAGAGAGAAGGAAGAAGUCUAAACAAAAAGCGUGUAUUGGGCCCAGCAAGACCAGAUUUCCUUGAAGCCAGACCAGAAUCUGAAACAUGGGUGCCACCUGAAGCAACAACGCCCCGUGGAGAAGUGCAGUAUGGUGCUUAUGGUGUUGUGAGCUUGUUUGGGGCCAUAUUCUGUGAAGACAUUGCUAUAGAAGCUGAGAUUGCUUAUUCUGUUGAUGGCAAGUUUGGUGAAGGAACUAGGUUUCGUUGA